CUAAAAUCUUUUUGAUGUUAUUAUGUAAUAAACUAUUAGUAGACUUAAAUUUACUAUUUGAUAGAUUAUUUUUUUUAAUUAACAUUCCUUUUAGAUUUCGUACAUUCUAUGUGAUAUUACAUUUUAUAAUUAUUAUUGAUUUUGGUUGGUACUCCUGUCCAAAACGGAUUAGGACCUCAUUAGAAACUUUCUAUUUAUCAAUGGGUAGAAGGGGGCAUGCGUGAUUAUUGUAUUCACUUUUUGAUUUUAUAAGUUGACUUUUGACUUUUUAGGAAUUAAUCUUACAAAAGCUUUAUAGUAUUUUUUUAUUAAUUAUAUCUUUUAACGCAAAGACUGAGAAUAUGCCUGUAAGGAGAGCUCUGCACGCAGGAAGUUGGUACACUGAUUCAGGAGCCGAAUUGUCCAGGCAAUUAGAUUACUGGCUGAAUCAGGCCGAUUUGAGUCACGGACCAGCCAGAGCCAUAAUCGCCCCGCACGCUGGGUACCAGUACUGCGGCGCCUGCGGGGGCCACGCUUACAGACAAAUAAGUCCAGUUGUUGUACGCCGAAUUUUUAUUUUGGGACCCUCUCAUCAUGUUCGCCUAUCUGGUUGUGCCUUGUCCAGUGCGCAAAAAUACAAAACGCCCCUUUACGACCUCCACAUAGACUCGCAAAUAAACGGUGAAUUGGAAAUGACGGGCCAGUUCGAAUGGAUGGAUUUAGAUACCGAUGAGAACGAACACAGCAUCGAGAUGCAACUACCUUACAUAGCAAAAGUGAUGGAAAGUUACAAAAAUCAAUUCACUAUUGUUCCUAUACUAGUUGGGUCCCUCAGUCCGGAGAAGGAAGCUUGCUAUGGAAGGAUCCUGUCCAGUUAUUUGGCCGAUCCCAAAAAUCUCUUUAUAGUGUCUUCGGAUUUUUGCCAUUGGGGACACAGGUUUAGAUACACCUACUACGACAGGUCUUACGGGAAUAUCUACCAGUCGAUCGAAGGAUUGGAUAGAGUGGGGAUGAAUAUUAUUGAGAAUCUGAACCCUACGGAAUUUACCAAUUAUUUGAAGAAGUAUGGAAAUACUAUAUGUGGAAGACAUCCUAUAGGUAUACUAUUACAGGCAAUACAAGAAUUACUCAGGAAUGACAGUAGUCAAAACGCUAGUCUGAAAUUUUUAAAGUACGCUCAGUCUAGCCAGUGUCGCAAUAUGAACGAUUCUUCCGUAAGUUACGCCUCAGCAGCUUUAGUGAUAGAUUAGUACAAACGUGGCCUUACAUUGACUGUUUUCAAAUUGAAGCUUUUAGGUUUAUUUUACUUGGAUUUAUUAUUUUUUUAGUUGUGUAUCCGAUUACCAUAUUUUAAUUAGGAUUUUAUUGUUUUUAUGCCUUAUUUUUUUGCGAGUGGUAACAGGAUUUUUUUAAGGGUGUGUGAUUUAAUUUCUCAUUAAGGUUGAAUUAAUUGGCUUUAUUUUACGUUUAUUAUGUACAUUUUAUCAAAGAUUUUAUAUUUUAUUUUCGCUCGUGAAGUGUGUCGUGCAGAUUCACAGUUUGGCCUUCAUGAAUGGUGAUUUAUUUCAAUAAUUUUGCAAUGCAAAAACAAAUCCAGUGCAUUUGAAAUCAGUAUGAAACUUUUACAAUCAUCCUGUUAGCUCUACCAAAUACAUAAAAAGUAGAUUGGACACAAAUAGUUCUGUUAAAUGCAGUGCAAUCACAUGGAAUAUUCAUUAAUUCGAUAAAAACGUCCAUUAGUAUAUGAAUUUAGCAUCCGAAUGUUUAACUAAAUUGUGUCCAUCGUAAACGCUCGUCAAUAUUUAUUAGUCCAAAAUGUUGCACUGCAUUAUUUUGACCCGACACGUUAAAAUAUGGACCUUAUUUCAACAACAGUCAACAGUUAAAAGUGCUCUUCACAAAUUUGUCUCGCAUAAGGAUACAUUUCGUAGUUGUGACAAUCUUAUUGAUGAAAGAGAAGCAAUUGCUCGGUGCCUGAUUGAUUGCAUACAUUUAAAAUACUCCAAAAUGGACAGCAAUAUGUAAAUUCGUUUUUUUUUUUAAACAAAUACUUUGUAUCCUUGUAUCAGACUCAUUGCUAGAUUGCGGAUUUCCUCGGUCAUAAAUCAGGUUGGCUUGUGCACGUUUUCGUAUUUAACACGACAAAAUUGGCGUUAUGACCGCAUGGAGUCCGUAAUGUACUCGUAUUUAUAACAAUUAAUAUAAUGAAUCAAUCUCAAAACUUUUAAUUAAUAAUUAAUCGGUGAUGCCUCUUUCUUUAUACAUGAACUUAUCGAAUAUUUUAAUUGAAUGGGAAAGAAGUUUCAUCGUUGUUUACAAUCGUGUAAUCAUUUUUUUUUAAUCGAAAUAAAUUGUAGUAAUCGAGUUUCUCGGAAAUUGAAAUGAAUUGGCGUGUUAAUUGUAAAUUAAUUUUUAAACAGUUAUGCUAAAAAGUUGUGCAAUACACGACUAUUUCACAUUAUAUAGCUGGAAAGCUGGAGAUUAUUUUAUUUUAUUACUCUGUGCAUUUACAUAUACUCUUCUAUUUUGUUACAUUAGAGCAUAAACUUCACUUCGAGUUUAAACCAUACAUCGAAAAUGUUUAUUUUUACUUGAUGAAAAAUACUUUUCCUACACUUUAGCACAUUUCUAGUAGUUGAGUGUCUUCAUUAAUCUUAAUAAUUUCUCGUAUAAAAACCCAAAAAGCAGGAGUAUUGAUCUGCAUAUUAAACGAGAUUCAAUAGAUUUACACUGCACAUCAAUUUUUUCCAUGCAAUCUCAUUGUGUAAUUUUGUGAUAGACCAGAUCAUCGCUGUUCUCAAGCUUGUUUCGCUUAAGCUAUUAAGUUAGUGUUAAGGAAACUUAAUCGAAUGAUUCCAUAAAUGUGAAAUGGGAUGGGAUUUAUUCCACUCCGAAUGUCAUGUCUUAAUAUUUUUUUUAAUUAGCAGAAGACGUGAUAAUUGGACGUAUGUUCAAUUAAAAUGUAAGCGUGUUUCUGUGUCGUUUAGUGAAGGUAAUUGAAAGGUAGCCGCUAUUUAUAAGUAUUUUUAUUAUGAAGCUUCGAUGGCAACUUAUAAACAUCAUUUAGAAGAGUUAAUAGUGUUCAUAUUGUUUAAGAUUAGGUUUAAUCGAGUCGUCUCUAUGGAGUAUGGUUGAAAAUGGUCGUAUGGAGUUUACUGCCAUUUUGUUUACUAGUACUUAGAACCUACUUUUUAAUUAAACUAUAACUAGACUUACUAUAAUGAGUAACUGUAUGUAAGUGUUCCAAUUAAUUUCACUAAAUUACCUGCAGAAACGGCCUUAAGCACUCAUGUACUCGCCCAUUAAUUAAUUAUGUAUAUUUUUACUUGUCAACUUUAAUUAAUUUACAUUGGAUAUGUUACUUAGCCAUAUUUGAAAAGAUAUCAUGAUUUUCUAUAGGCCUACGAGAUUGUAGACCAAGGACUGUAUAUUUGUAAUAUACGAAAUUUAUACGCCUUUGAAUAACAAGUUUUUUAUUCCAUAGCAAUAAAGUAUU